UACUUGCGCACGCGCAAAAUCAGUCUCUUCUUGAAGGGUGAUCUGAAGUUGAGCCCUCCUGCAACCAGAAUAUACGCGAAAAAGAAUCCUGUUAAGCCAGAACGAAAAUCGUCUACACAGGUAGUUAUAUGAGUCAAAAGCAACAAAAGCCAACGCUCAGUGGGCAGCGGAUAAAAACCCGCAAAAGAGAUGAGAAAGAGAAGUAUGACCCUGGUACUUUUGCAGAGCAAAUAAUAUCAGGGUUGAAUGAAGCUAAAGGAGACCUUGAACAAGCCUCAAAAUUUCUAGUUGCCUCUGGUAGUAAACUCAACUAUCGCACCUAUGCAGAGACACUCCUUGACAUUCUUAUAGCUGGGGGCAUGCUUGCCCCUGGUGGAACAAUUUUCAAUGAAGGAGGAGAUAACACAACUUCAUCGAUAUGCAUUUUCAAGAGUGAAAAUGGUCUUGAAGGCAUCAAAGCAACAGUGCAGUUGUUUUCAAGGCUUAUUAGACAGUACAAGUAUUUGGAAAAAUCCCUGGAUGAGGAGCUGAAAAAGGUUUUGCUGUUUCUCAAAGGCUUUACAGAUGAACAAAGAAAAUGUCUUGCUCAAGCAAUUGCUGUUUUUCUCAAUACAGGUUUGACCAGUGCAGGUGUUUUGAGUGGUUUGAUUCAUGAUCACCUUGUAAAAGAAGGUCUUGGUCUAGACUUUGCAAACACAUUCUUCAAUACAUGGCUAAGAGAUUUGGAGAAAGACACGAACAGCUUAAUAAGCAUCCUGAAAAAAGCAGAGAUAGAUGGCAAGUUGCUUCAAUUGUUUCCUGCCAAUAAACGUUCAGAGGAAGCCUUUGAAGCAUACUUCAACAAAGCAGGGCUGAAAGAAAUCGUUGAUUUUCAACGAAAUCAAUAUAACAUCAUCAUGCGACGUGAACUAAAAGAGAAGUUGAAAAACAUGAUGGAACACGAUAGCACACCAAAGGAGAUAUCGCAGACGUGCAAGGAAUACAAAGACAGGCAUAAUCUUCAAGAGUUUGAGAUUUGUCUUCAGCUCUGGAAGACAGUCAUGGCUUCAGUAGAAUGGAAUAAGAAAGAGGAGCUUGUGGCAGACCAGGCUCUAAAACAUUUGAAGAGUUACGCCUCUGUGUUUGCAGAGUUUACAACAUCAGGGAAGUCAGAACUGAUCCUUAUUCAAAGGGUUCAAGACUACUGUUAUGAUAACAUGAACUUCAUGAAAGUUUUUCAGAAGAUCAUAAUGCUGUUCUAUAAGGUGGAUGUGCUUAGUGAAGACUCCAUCAUUAAGUGGUACAAAGACUCCCACACAACUAAAGGGAAGAGUGUGUUUUUGCCACAAAUGGCAAAAAUGGUAGAAUGGCUUGAAAAUGCUGAAGAAGAAUCUUCUGAAGACGAAGAGUAAUCAAGCCAUCACACAAAGCCAUUUUAGGAUUCAUUGGAAAAGGACAGUUUCACUUUAAUCUCAGUGAUCAAACACUGAGAGUUUUUUGGCAUGGCAUUUCGUAGCUUCAUAUCUUCACCAAUUAUAGGGACAUUGUAAAACUACAUUUUACAUCAUGUAAAAUAUC